UCAAAUAUUCAAUAUCAACUGUCAUUUACCGAUAAGUCGGAUUUUGGAUUAAUGUCACUAACCUUGCACUAACCUUAUCUUAUCUUGCUUGACUCAUCGUCAUAUAUGUCGUCGACAGCAAGGACAGUGGAUAUCAACGAGGAUGUCUCAAAGGCUCUUAGAAAAUUUCGGUUUCAGCGUAGGAGCCAGGGACACGCAGCAAUCGUUAUCAAGAUCAACAAGGCUGCUCUCAAAAUGGUCGUAGACGAGGAGUAUGAUGAUAUUUCAAUCGCAGACCUUGUAGAGGAGCUGCCUCGAAAUUCUCCCAGAUAUGUCGUGUUGUCAUAUGAACUCAAACACCGCGAUGGCAGGACAUCAUUCCCACUCGUGCUUAUCAACUGGGCUCCAUCAUCAUCCGAGACAACCAUGAUGACCUUGCAUGCUAGCGCCCUCCUUGAUUUUCAAAGAGUCGCAGAAGCAAACAAGACUAUCGAAGUUCGAGAUGUGGAAGAAGGACUCACUAAGGAAAUCGUGGACGAUAAACUUCUAUCUUAACCUGUUAGAUUUAUAUCCGCGCCCGCAAUACAACAGGUCGGACAUACCGUGGACGCCACGCUUUUACAUAUCAUAAUGUCUACAGUAGUUUCGGAACGUUCAUCGACUUGAUCUUGUUGGCUCGACAGUAGAACCCCGCUCUCAAUUUAACAAUCAUGAGCUCUUGCUGAUACGAAUCCUACUGGAUGGAUGAGUGAGCUAGCUUAUAUUUGUCCUCGCGUAGACAUUGCCG